AUGCUCACUGUUCCCUCUACUGUCAACAUGCACACAGCUGUGAGCUUUAUUAAUAAGCACAGCAGUAUGGACGAAAAGGUCCUAGAGCACUCCAGAUCGAAACCUGAUGUUUCAGUGCCACAAGAUCCUGCGGUAAUCACAGGAGAAGGUACUGGGAACGGGAUGUUUGAAUCUCGAAUUGUGGACAGUGACAUUGACACCUAUUUUAUUGGAACCCUGUGGCGAGUCUACAAUCUAUCGCCUUACCCUUCUCCACCACCUACAGAUCAGGAAAAGCCAAACCAAAAGGCCGAAGAAAUCGAAGUGAUGGCCAGCCUCAACCAUUCCAUAUACCUACAUCACCCACAGGCGGUCCGAGUAGACGACUGGAUGCUCACAGAAAUGGAGACUCCAUGGGCAGGAAAUGAGCGAGGUCUGGUUGUACAGCGGAUAUGGUCCACAGACGGAAUUCUCGUCGCUACCUGCAUUCAAGAGGCUUUGGUGCGGCUGAAGCAACAUGAAACUCCGAAGCACAUGCUAUGA